AUGCCCCGCGCUUCAUCCUCCCGCAAGAGCUCAAGCGACGCCAGCCGCCCCAGCAGCCACGCCAGCCACAACAGCACGCUCCAGCUCCUAGCCAUGGCCAGCCCCAUGGGCUCAACCAGCGAACCCAGCGGAACAGCCCCCACCGCCUUCAACAGCAUCCCACCCAUCGAAUCCACCAGUCGAUUUAGUAAUAGUGGUUUACACAUCACUGUCCCCCAUUACACGCCCAGCAGCAGCAGCAAGUCUGGAGGGAACAAAGGCAAAGACAAAGCUGCCAGAGAAGUCCCGCUCGCUCCUGAGCCUGUCUACCAAACUGAAACCACACCGGACCCCAUCGACGAGGUCCCCUUCUAUGAGGGUCCCAUCUACGAAUACCCCAUUGACGAGGCCCCCAUCUACGGGGGCCCCAUCUACGGGACCUCCAUAGUGGAGUCCCCCAUAGUCGAAGCUCCUCCAGUCUGUCCGUACUGCGGGCAGUUCAUGACCCUUGAGCCGCCGGGUUUACAUUCGAUAAUGGAGCCUAUGUGCAUUGAGUGCGAUAGAAAGUACUUGGUGUCUGGCGGUAGUGGUGGUGCUGGUGGAGAGGACGACAACAACGGGAGUAAGAAGGGGCAGGGCAAGGGCGGGAGUAAGAGUGGUAGCAAGAGCAAAAGCAAAACCCCCGAGGCGAAGGAGGAGGCCCCUCCCAACUUCCCCCCGGCCUUCCCACGUUUCCCCAACGUCCCCUGCCUCCCAAUCAUCAUCAUCAUCCACCCAAGCUACCCUACCACCGCACCCCCGAGCGGAGCAGCCAGCGGCCCCGGUGGUCCCGGCGGCAGCUCCGGUCCCGGCAGUGGGGGGGGAACCGACAAGACCAACAAAAAAAAGGACAAGAAACACGAGACCACCUGGCUCUGGUCGAGUUUCGACACCCCCAAGAAGGACGACAGCAGCAGCAAGAAGGACAAGAAAGGCGGCGGUGGUGAUGGUUAG